UUCCACGGUCGAGGGGUAACGGAAUAGAACUACUCCCGCAAGCAACGUUCAAACACAGCAAUUGAAUGUCUUCUUCACAGCUGGGCUGUGACUACCUCUAGCGAUGACUUCAGAUGGGAAGAUCUGCGUUGUCGCUGGAGGUAGCUGGCGUAAGAGCGAGAGGUGGGUUUGUUUCCCAGGGCGGCUGUUCGUCGAGGAUUCUCGGGCCGGAAAAAGUAAAACAGGGACAACGAAAACAGCAGGCAAGAAGCAAACAGGUUCCGGCUGCCAGGAAGGAAGAGAUCCCGAGAGGAGGGAGAUCAGAUCAGAUCAAGACGAAAGAUAGGCAGAGAUGGAGAGAAAUAAAGUCGGUCAAAGGGGAGAGCGACUUUGAGGGGGAGGGAGGAGGAGAGGACCAGAGCGACAAGCCGUGGUCCGGGUUAAGCGAACUGGAAUUCGGGGGGGGCGACGAGGGAGGGAGGUGGAGGGGAAAAGACAACCACCACUUUCAGGACAAAGCAAUUCAAGGAUGUACCUGAAGUGAUUGCCAGCUAUAUUCGCCUUUGUUCCUUUUUUGGGGCAAGGCAGUCUAUAGGGAUUAGGGAUUAGGGAUUAAUCCAAGGUGUCGAACCCGGGUUUGAGGAAAGUUCGUUGGGCAGUCCGAAAACGGGCGGACUAAAAACUUGGACACGGGGGGAA